AUGCAGAAGUAUUUUUUGGAGGUGGACAACGAGCAGGCUUCGGAGCAGCAAGAACAUUUGGCUAAAAAGCGUGCUUGGGAUGUUGCAAUGGCACCAGCCAAAAGCCUUCCAAUGAAUAUGUUUAUGAUGUACAUGGCAGGACGAAGUGUGUCGAUCUUCCCCAUUAUGAUGGUCGGAAUGAUGCUUUGGCGACCAGCGAAAGCGCUGUUUGCUGUCAACGCUACAUUCAAACCGCUAGAGGAUCAGAACACUGGAAGCAUGAUUGUUCAUAAGAUUAUUUUCAUUCUUGGAAAUCUUGGAGCUAUAGCUCUCGCUAUCUACAAG